AUGGCGGAAAUAGAUACCUCAAACUGGACGCCAGGGACGCGAUACUUCACUCAAAUCACUGACGAAAAUCACUCCGGAUGGCUAUACAUCAUCACGCUCCUGUCCUUCAUAUAUGUGGUGAUCGCUUUCGUGAUUCGCUUCAUUGUCAAGUAUGGCAUGUACGGUUACGAUGAUUGGGCUCUUCUGGUAUCAACGGUCCUCGCAGUCGGCCAGUACAUUGCAGUCCUGGCUGGUCUGAGCAAAGGUUUGGGGAAGGGCUCGACGCUGCUCAGCCGUGGCCAAAUUGAAGAUAUCCAGAGAUACGCGGCUUCGUACUCGUUCCUUUACAUUCUCGCACAUUGCGGAUCGAAGAUAUCGACAGGGAUCCUCACCCUUCGCCUUUUCGAAAACGGCCGUACUCGAAAUACCUACCUCUGCUGGUUUCUUGUAGCCGCAUCUGCGGCAUUCGGGCUGGGCUCUAUUCUAUCGCUGGCGGUAGGCUGUACAAACCCAGCAUUUCCAGUCAUUCCAGGCCAAGAUGCUGCUUGUCCAAAUAGAAUCGCACGCUGGCAGAUAAUCCUCGCUCUCGACGUCAUUACCGAAACACUCCUCGUCGUCGUGCCAGUAUUCCUUCUACUCGACAUCCUCAUCAAAAGGUCGGCCAAGAUCACCGUCACAAUCGUCUUUGGGGUUCGUCUUGUGGACAUCAUCUUUGCUGCAUUGAAUCUGUCCAGAGUCACCUCUGUCAUAACCGAUCCAGAUCCCCCUUUGACCAUUGUGCCAUCCCUUAUUUGGACCCAGGCAGAGCUCCUAUGGUCCAUUCUCGCGGCUUCGCUACCCUGCUUGAAAACGUUCAUGCGUCCGUUCGACAAGAUUGACGAAGAGACGUGGAGAUCGAACAACAACAUGUACUCGUCCGGGCGCUCGGGGCGUAGCUGGAAAGAUACCAGGGUUAGAGAUGGUGCGGUGCCAUUGGACGCCGUCAAGGGACAUAAGGAGGGAGUUUUGCUGAGUGCUUCCGGAAGCGACAGCCGAUCGCUCGGACUUCGUCCAGAGAAUAUCAUGCACAGUGUUGAGAUAUCUCAUCCAAGCAAUACGGAUGCUGAGUCUGAAGGACGAAAGAGCUGGGGAAGUCAAGAGCGGAUAAUCAAAGCACAAACGGAUUUUGAGAUACGCAGAGAAGGGGGAAGGGAUCCUUAUGAGAUACCGUGA